GAUUCGAGCGGCGGUGAGUUAAGUUGUUUUGGUAUCGCGAGUGGUGGUUAAGUGUGACAUAGACGUUUUAGUCUAAAGUAGAGGAGAUAUUCCGGGGGCAUAAAUUGUAUUGUGCUUUAUAUGAUCGGUGUAUGCAUGUGUGCGGUACGUUUUUAAAGAGCUCUCUGGUUGAUUAAAUUAAAUUUCAAAAAUUUCGCCAUAUUGAGACCGACAAAUCUUUUUUAUAUAAACUAAUAAUGCAAUUACAUUAAACAAAACUAUACAUAGUCAACAAAAUGCCACGAAAACUUCUAAAGUUUCUUAUUAUCUUCGAUAAUACAUCUUUACUUUACUUUCCUGGUCAAUUUUUAUCCGGUAGAGUACUAUUGGAAUUACAAGACGAUACCGCCGCAUUGGGUCUACACUUUCAUGUAGUUGGUGAAGGUGUGGUGCGCGGUGGUUCUGCAAGACAGGAACGUACAUAUGAUAAAGAAAAUUAUAUAGACUUCCGUUUACGCUUAUUGGGUGAUAUAGAUCAAGGGCCUUCAGUACUAUCGCCUGGUAUACAUAGUUUUCCAUUUAAACUUGGCUUACCAGUGGGAUUGCCAUCAACAUUUCUAGGUCGUUAUGGUUGGAUACAGUAUUAUUGUAAGGCAGCACUGCGGGAACCUAAUGGUCUUAUACACAAAAAUCAUCAAGUUUUUAUAGUUAUGAAUCCAAUUGACUUAAAUUUGGAGAAACCUAUUUUGGCACAACCAUUCACCUGUGAAGUGGAGCAUAAAUUAGGUGUAGCAUGUGUGGGUGGUGGUCAAGUAAAGUGUAGAGUAGCGCUGGAUCGCGGCGGUUAUGUGCCAGGUGAAAGUAUAAUUAUAACAGCAUUCAUUUCAAAUUAUAGUAAUGUGACAAUUAAACGCACGAAGGCAUCCCUAACUGAGACCAUUGAGUACUUGGCACGCGGUAAAGUGGUACAAACGGAAAAACGUGCAUUAGCAGUUUUAGUACGUGGAAAAAUACGUCCAGGUAGCAAAGAUGAAUGGCAAAAUGAUAGCCUCUAUGUGCCACCACUGCCACCAACAAAUCUACAUGGCUGUCAUUUAAUUAAGAUUUCUUAUGAUGUGUUUUUUGUUCUGGAACCAAAAUCGAUGGAAAAGGAAAUCAAGUUACAAUUGCCAAUUGUCUUAGCCACAUAUCCUUUUCGUAAUAAUGGAAAUGAUGUCUCAAAUACAUGGCCUGAUUCAGUUUUAAAACCGGAUACACAUUAUCCUUCGACUCUACCAAUAUUUCGUCCAUGGCUACAUGAAAAACCAGAAUCAAAUUAAAAGAACAACUCAUUACGAUAAAUAAUAUUUUUUAAUUUGUUUACAUUAUUAUUAUUUUUAAUAUAUAGCAGUUUGUGUAUUGUUAAUAACUUCUUUGUAAUUAUAUGCCAAUAUAAUUUUUUGUUAAAACUAAAUUUAAUGUUCGUUUAAAAAACAAAAAGACAAAAGUAUAAUAUUUUAAAGCUUAUAGCCAUAAUAUUUGUUUAAGUAUUUAGCUUAUUUAUUGAAUAAUAUUUAAUAUAUGUCCUUUUUUGUUUAUUAAUUAAUAAUAAAAAUAAUAAAAUAUGAAAUAAAAUAAUAAGGGU